AACCAGUUUGGUUGCUAAGUGUUUAUCAUCAGCAGCUCUAUGAGUGACCGAGCGAGUGAAGGAAAGGAUCAGACCCAGUCGGACUUUAGGCGAGUGAACAUCUGACAAGAGGAAGCUUCUUACCUCGGCAGCAUCAACAGAUUACAGGACCUGUUUUCUCUGUGAUAUGCAGCUGUAGAGAUAAUUAAGAGAUGAUGAAUGGAGAAAUAGGGACCUCGAAGCUCUCAGUUGGUGAUAUGAUAAACACUGGAAUCAAAGAACCUGCAGCCAACCUAAUGCAAGAUGAGAAGAUUGUCGCAGCCACAAUUCACUUGGAUCACCUCAGUAAAGAUGAAGUCCAGAAAUUACUCAACAUCAUUCAGCCUUAUGAUGAGAACCUUGAAAUUAAGACCAAAAGCGAUGCACAUGCUGGAGUGAGACUGGGUGAUUUGUUUUUUAAGGGUGAAACUCCAAAACUUCAAGCCCCAUCAGCUGGCAUCCAUGGGUCGAAUGGGAGUUAUAGUCUCCCAGGUGUUAAAGGUGACCUCGCAGCUCCAUCGGUGAAUGGAGAAGUUCCACAUGUGUAUCUAAAGGGUUCCGCACCUGAGGUGACAGUUGGGGACAAAGGCAAGUUCAGGAUGCCAGCCUUCGGUAUGACAGGGCCGAAACUUAAAGGUGCUAAUCUAGACGGCAGCAUCUCUUCUCCAACACUGAACUCUCCAGACGUUGCUGCAGAGCUCAAGACACCAGAACUAUGCUCUGAACCUCCGAAGUUUAAGAUGCCAAACUUUCAGGGUAGUUCCCCUGAUAUAGAUGUGAAUUUACCAAAUGGUCCCAGUCUAAAUACACAACUCUCAGAUGUUGACAUUGGUGCACCCUCUGGAAAAAUCAAAUUGCCCAAAGCAAACUGGGGUAUCUCAAAACCUCAUGUAAAUACACCAGAAGCUGACCUGUCUGCUCCAAAUGUUAAAGCUGGCAUCAAGACCCCUGGUGUAGAUGUGAAUUUACCUGAAGCUAAGAUUAGCAAUCCUGAAGUUGGCAUUGAUACCCCAAAUUUUUCCACAGACAGCCCAUCUGCUAAAUUUAAAUGGCCCAAAUUCAAGAAACCCAAGGGAAAAGUGAAAGGGCAGUUGGGGGACAUUGAUGCAAAUGUGAAUACUCCAGAACUCAAUUUGUCAGCCCCUAAAGUGAAUGCAGACAUCAAUGCACCAAACGUUGAUAUUGAUGUCCCAGAUGUUGAUCUUAAUGCUCCAAAAGUAAAUAUUGAUGCCCCAUCUGGAAAAUUAAAGUUUCCCACUCUCAAGCAACCAAAGCUUAACUUGAAUAAACCAAAGGUGGAAGGGCCCAAUUUUGGUGCAGACAUUAAGACACCAGAUAUGGAUGUAGAUAUGAAUUUGCCCAAAGCUAAACUUGAAGGCCCAAACAUAGACGCCAAAGUACCAAAUGUCAAACUCUCUGCACCAAAAGUAGAAGGUAAUAUCGAUACACCAGACCUAGACAUCAAAACUCCAAAUGUAGACCUAAAAUCUGAAGCAGCACCCAUUAAAUUCAAGCUACCAAAGCUGCGGAAAAUAAAUGCCUCUAGUGCGAAAGUCAAAGGACCAGACAUAGAUGCUGAUCUUAAUGUCCCAGAUGUUGAUGUUAAUGGAGAUGUAAAUCUGAAAACUCCCAAAGUUGAUGCCCCAUCUGUAAGAGGAAAGAAGCCACAUAUUAAGCUACCUAAAUUUAGUCUUACUGGGCCAAGAGUAAAAUCACCAAAAGUUGAUGCAAAUUUGCAAACACCCAAUGUAGAUGUAAACCUACCAUCAGGAGAACUCAAAGGGCCUAAGCUGGACUUAAAAGCACCAAAGAUUGAUGGUUCCUUAGCUGUUCCAGAUGUCGAUUUGCCCAAAGCUGAGCUGAAAAAUCCAAAUCUUAACCUUCAUGCAAAAUCACCAGAUCUCAACCUGUCUCCUCCAGAUGUAGAUCUAAACUUACCAAAAGGAGAAAUCAAAGGCCCUGAUGUGGAUUUACAUACUCCGGAUGCCAACAUUCAUGCACCAUCUGGAAAAUUUAAGAAGCCAAACCUCAAGCUGCCCAAAUUCAACCUCACUGGACCAAAGGUCAAGGGACCAAAUCUUGAUGCAGAACUAAAUGGCCCAAACAUAGACAUGGAUCUACCUAAAUCAGAUCUCAAAGGACCUGAUCUUAACCUGAGGGCACCAAAUGUUGACCUUUCUAGUCCAGAUGUAGACCUGAGCUUGCCAAAGGGUAGUCUUCAAGGCCCUAACAUAGACCUGAAGGUCCCAGAUGCUGACAGUGCUGCACCUUCUGUAAAAUUAAAUAAGCCAAACCUCAAGCUGCCCAAAUUCAACCUCUCUGGACCAAAGGUUGAAGGACCAAAUCUUGAUGCCGAACUAAAUGCCCCAAACAUAGACAUGGAUUUACCUAAAGCAGAUCUCAAAGGACCUGAUCUUAACUUGAGGACACCAAAUCUUGACCUUUCUAGCCCAGAUGUAGACCUAAGCUUGCCAAAAGGAAGUAUUCAAAGCCCAAAUAUAGAUAUGAAGGUUCCAGAUGCCAACAUUGAUGCACCUUCUGUUAAAUUCAAGAAACCGAACCUCAAACUGCCCAAAUUCAACCUCUCUGGGCCAAAGAUCAAGGGACCAAAUCUUGAUGCCGAACUAAAUGCCCCAAACAUAGACAUGGAUCUACCUAAAGCAGAUCUCAAAGGACCUAAUCUUAACCUAAGGGCACCAAAUGUUGACCUUUCUAGCCCAGAUGUAGACCUGAGCUUGCCAAAGGGAAGUAUUCAAAGCCCAAAUAUAGAUAUGAAGGUUCCAGAUGCCAACAUUGAUGCACCUUCUGUUAAAUUCAAGAAACCAAACCUUAAACUGCCCAAAUUCAACCUCACUGGGCCAAAGAUCAAGGGACCAAAUCUUGAUGCCGAACUAAAUGCCCCAAACAUAGACAUGGAUCUACCCAAAGCAGAUCUCAAAGGACCUGAUCUUAACCUAAGGGCACCAAAUGUUGACCUUUCUAGCCCAGAUGUAGACCUGAGCUUGCCAAAGGGAAGUAUUCAAAGCCCAAAUAUAGAUAUGAAGGUCCCAGAUGCCAACAUUGAUGCACCUUCUGUAAAAUUACAGAAGCCAAACCUCAAGCUGCCCAAAUUCAACCUCUCUGGACCAAAGGUCAUGGGACCAAAUCUGGAUGCAGAACUAAAUGCCCCAAACAUAGACAUGGAUCUACCCAAAGCAGAUUUCAAAGGACCUGAUCUUAACCUAAAGGCACCAAAUGUUGACCUUUCUAGCAAAGAUGUAGACCUGAGCUUGCCAAAGGGAAGUCUUCAAGGCCAUGAUUUAGAUUUGAAGGUCCCAAAUGCUAACAUUGAUGCACCUUCUAUAAAAUUUAAGAAGCCACAUCUUAAAACUCCCAAUUUAAACCUCUCUGGACCAAAGCUUAAUGAGCCUAACCUGAAUGCCAGUGAAGAUCUGGAUGUUGAUCUAAACCUACCAAGGGCUAAAAUCAGUGCAUCCGACGUUGAUAUGAAAUUACCCAAAGCUGACAUUAAAGGUCCUGAUGUAGAAGUUAUGACUCCAGACUCUGGAAAAUUUAAAUUGUUUACUCUCAAAAAAUCUAGUACCAAAGUAAAGACACCUGACGUUGAUAUCAAUCCAUCAGUGAAAAAUCCAGACCUCAGCCUGUUAGCUCCAAGCAUUGAUGCAGAUGUUAAAGCUCCAGAUGCCAGUGUGAACUUACCUACAGCUGAUCUCAAAGGUCCCAGUGUUGAUGUAGAUGCCCCUAAAGCAAAGCUCAAAUUUCCAACACUGAAAAAAUUUAAUUUUUCUGGUCCAAAAGUAAAAUCUGCUGAAUUCGAUGAACCUGACCUGAGCUUGUCAGCCCCCAAAGUUGAGAGCCCUACUGUCGAUUUGAGUUUACCCAACGUAGCUGUUAAUGCCGAACCUAUAGAUGUCAGUGCUGAUGCAGAUGUAAAACUUCCAAAAAAUCUGCCCGUGUUCAAGACACACCGACUUCCCAACAGCAGAUUUGAUGAUCUCGCACAAGAAGCUACUGAAGCCCUUGACAUGAACAACAGCCCCUUUAAAACAGAGACACAGGCUGGGACCUUCUCAGUUCCCACCAUCCCAAGGGUGAAAGCUGCAUGGAAAACAUCCUCGGGAACUCUCAAUUCCAACGGACCUACACAAUCCAUAGAUGUCAGAGAAAGAUUACGACUUUUUACAACUCGUUCCACACACGAUCUCACUGCGCCUUCUGUUGACGCUUCAGUGAGCACUGAACUUCCAGACAGUCCUGCAAAAGUAAAACGAGGAACAUUUAAAAUAACGAAUCCUGACUCGGAGAAGGACUAUCCGAUAGUGAACUCAACCCGCAAAGAAGAUAAACUUUCUCUCAGUCUUAACAACAUGCUUGGUUUAAGCACAGAUUCAGAUACAGAGAAUUAGCUUCAAGUCUUAAAAAUUACCCAUCUAUAAUUAUAAAAUAAUUAUUUUUAUUACAUUUCUUUUGUUUACAUAACAAUAAUGCUGGUCCUAAAUUCAGUUUAUUACUAGACAUAAAUAUAAGGGAAAAUCUUUAUGACCAGAACCAAGAAUUUCGUAGAAUUAUGUAAAAAAAUUAAGAAAAAAUUUAAAGUUUGUAUUUACAUGGGUGAAGUUUAAUAUAUUGUCAUAUAUAAAUCCUAUAAUUAUUUUGUAUAGUGUUAUUUUGU